CUUCGUUCUCGCGAGAGAAAGCGCGAGGCUUGCCGGGAGGGAUGCGCGGCUGUCCACAGGUUUGCCCAAGAUGGCAGCCCUGGAAGAGGAGUUCACGUUGUCUUCGGUAGUCCUGAGCACCGGGCCUGAUGGACUCCUAGGCGUGGAGCAGAGUGACAAAACAGACCAAUUUCUAGUGACGGACAGCAGCAGGACCGUCGUCCUCUAUAAGGUUUCUGAUCAGAAACCCUUGGGCAGCUGGUCCGUGAAACAAGGUCAAGUUAUAACAAGUCCAGCUGUGUGCAAUUUUCAAACUGGAGAAUAUAUUGUUGUACAUGAUAAUAAGGUUUUGAGAAUAUGGAAUAAUGAAGAUGUAAACCUAGAUAAAGUAUUUAAAGCUACAUUAUCGGCGGAGGUAUAUAGGAUACUUUCGAUACAAGGGACAGAGCCCGUGGUGCUGUUCAAGGAAGGUGCUGUUCGUAGUUUAGAGGCCUUGCUUGCAGAACCCCAGCAGAAAAUUGAAACCGUUAUCUCCGAUGAAGAAGUAAUUAAGUGGACCAAGUUUUUCAUGGUAUUUAGGCAUCCUCUUUUAAUUUUUAUUACAGAAAAACAUGGAAAUUAUUUUGCUUAUGUACAAAUGUUUAACUCCCGUAUCUUAAGCAAAUACACACUCUUACUUGGACAAGAAGAAAAAUCGAUUGUACAGAGUUUUACUGCAUCUGCGGAUCGGAAAUUCAUCUCUUUGAUGUCAUUAAGUUCUGACGGAUGUGUCUAUGAAAGCCUGAUCCCUGUGCAUCCAAGUGAUGCUGAAGAAAAUCAGAGGGUAGUUAGAUCAGUGUUGCUCAAGACUGUUGUGUCUGGCAGUGCUCGAAAUGGUGUUGCCCUUACUGUCUUGGAUCAAGAUCAUGUGGCAGUCCUGGGACCUUCGAUGUCAACUUCUAAGGAAUGCCUCUCCAUAUGGAACAUAAAAUUUCAAACUCUGCAGUCUUCAAAGGAGUUACCACAAGGGACCAGUGGUCAACUCUGGUAUUAUUGGGAAAAUUUGUUUCUGCUGCAUGGGAAAUUUCUAACUGUAAUUCCAUACAAGUGUGAGGUGUCGUCGUUAGCGGGCGCUCUUGGAAAACUCAAGCACAGUCAAGAUCCAGGCACUCACGCUGUGCCCCAUUUCGUAAACUGGGAAACAUCUCAGACAUGUGGAUUUGGAUUACAGAACUCAGAGCAGUCAAGGAGAAGUUUAAGGAGAAGAAAAAUUGAAGUAAAUUCACAGCAAGAAGUUCCAGCAUCUGAACAACUUCUAUUGACUAUAAAGAAAGAUUCAGAAAAACACAUCGAAGUAGAACUACGUAAAUUUUUGGCCGCUAAACGGACACCUGACUUUCAUACUCAAAUCGGGGAUAUAGUGACAGAACUUCUGGGAAGACGUAAAGCAGAACCAUCAUUUUACCCCCGGAACUGUCUGAUGCAACUCAUCCAAACACACGUGCUUUCCUACAGCCUGUGCCCUGACUUAAUGGAAGUUGCCAUUGAAAAGACAGAUGUACAGUUGUUACAGCUCUGUCUACAUCAGUUCCCUGACAUUCCCGAAUCAAUCACAUGCACUUGCUUAAAAAUUUUCUUGAGCAUUGAUGAUGACAGUCUUCACGAAACAGACAUCAAUAUGGAGUCCGUCUUUGACCAUAGCCACACUGCACAAGUUGAGAAAAGAGAAGGGCAAACUGAAAUUCUUCAAAACGGCUUCACUGCUGAAGGGAAUAACCACAGUAACUGUGAGCAAGAGUUACACGAGAAGCCUCAGGACACAGCGGAGGAGAGCUCUUGUCCUGUGAUACCAAAAAGAGCCGCUCUUCUAAAUGCAGUUCUUCAUUCAGCAUACAGUGAGACGUUUCUCCUGCCUCACUUGAAAGACAUCCCUGCACAGCAUAUCACUCUGUUUCUCCAGUAUUUGUAUUUCCUUUAUCUAAAGUGUAGCGAAAAUGCUACCAUGACUCUUCCUGGAAUACACCCUCCAACCCUGAACCAGAUUAUGGAUUGGAUAUGUCUACUUCUAGAUGCUAAUUUUACUGUCGUGGUAAUGAUACCAGAAGCCAAACGGCUGCUGAUAAAUCUAUACAAGUUUGUGAAAUCCCAGAUAUGUGUUUAUUCAGAGCUCAACAAGAUAGAAGUAAGUUUUCGGGAGCUACAGAAAUUGAAUCAGGAAAAGAAUAAUAGAGGACUAUAUUCAAUUGAAGUGCUGGAACUCUUCUGAUUUACCAGUUGUCCUUCACAGACAUUUUGUGAAGUUCUCUUGUAAGAACUCUUCUGUUCAUCCAGGCAAAAAAGCCAUUUUGUUUUUGACCGUCUCAGUGUGGAGAGGACAGUGUCAGCAGGUACCCGGACUGUCAGUGCGUACCGAUGCUUCUAGGUAGAGCUGGUGGUUUCUCCUGGGCCUGUUCUACAUUGCGGACAUUGGUGGGAGAGGUUCUGAGAUUUUAAAAAACAUGCAACUGGGUUGAUUUUAAGUAAACUUAUUUGUGUAUUGAUAAAAGUCUAAUUUCUUAUCAUGUGUAUCGAAUAGUUUUUCUUUUAAUAAAAGCAUCACCAUGGAAGCGGUGAUCCUAGG